CGGAGUUGAUGCCGUAUAGGCGGAAGCUAGUCUUGUGCUUUGCGGCAACCACGUUAGCUCGGGCGGGAUCCUGAUAGGCACAGGGUGUGCGGGAAGGGCUGCUAGUGCCGGUAAUCGUCGGAUCCCGUCCCGCCUUCAUCUUCGUUCUCGGGGGUAGACCAGCCAUCACAGCCGCAGUCUGAGGAAUGGAGCAGGACAGCUCUAGGGAAUCCCCAUCGCGGGAGGAUUCUUCCUUGCCUGGAGAGUGGCAUUCUGCCGACCUCGGGCAGGCCUUCUCCCAGAUUUUGCACCAUCUUACCGGCCAGGAGUUCACACGGGGCAAGGCCAGAAAUGCAGCUCUUCAGGACCUCAGUGCUCUCAUAGAUGCCACAGAGUGUGAUCAAUUGUUUGAGGGCAGUGGCACAUCGCUCCGCGGAAUGCCUGAGAUGCUAGGGCAUGUGGCAAAAACCGUGGAGAAAUAUGCGGCCCCACCCAAGGAGCAGGAAGGUAGAAGUGAUCGUCACUCUGCAGUGGCCGAGAAAGCGGCAGCAGUUGGGGUACUGUUUCUUAAGCUAUUGAGGAAAGUUGAGGCUGCCAAGAAUUCCUUGGUUUAUCCGGCCUGGAAGACAGGCCUACGUCAUUUGGCGGGACCCAUCUAUAUUUUUGCCGUCACACACAGCUUGGAGCAACCAUGGACCAGCCCAAGAUCUCAGACUGUUGCUGGAGAGGUACUCACCUUACUGCUUCAAGUUACUGAGUGUGGGUCUGUCGCAGGAUUCCUCCGUGGAGAAAAUGAAGAUGAGAAAGGGCAAUUUACUGUGAUAAUGGGGCUUCUUAAGCCUGAUUUGAAUAAGGAGUCCUGGAAGAAUAACCCUGCCACCAAACAUGUUUUCUCAUGGACUCUGCAGCAGGUCACUCGACCCUGGCUGAACCAACAUCUAGAAAGGAUACUUCCCCCAUCAUUGCUCAUCUCAGACGACUAUCAAACUGAGAACAAAAUUCUGGGUAUAGACUGCCUCCAUCACAUUGUGCUUAAUGUGCCAGCUGCUGAUUUGCUCCAGUAUAACAGGGCUGAGGUCCUAUAUCAUGCCCUUUUCAACCACCUGUACACACCAGAGCACCACCUUAUUCAGGCUGUGCUCCUGUGUCUGCUGGAUUUAUUCCCCGUCUUGGAGAAAGCCCUGCACUGGAAGGGAGAUGCAGCUCGACCCACCACGCACUGUGAUGAGGUUCUGCAGCUGAUCCUGACCCACAUGGAGCCAGAGCACCGCCUUCUCUCACGCAGGACCUAUGCGAGAAACCUACCAGCUUUCGUGAAGAGGUUGGGGAUCCUAACUGUGCGCCACUUGAAGAGGCUGGAGCGAGUCAUCCUUGGUUAUCUGGAGGUUUAUGAUGGACCAGAAGAGGAAGCCAGAUUGAAGAUAUUAGAAACCCUAAAACUUCUCAUGCAGUAUACUUGGCCCAGAGUUUCCUGUAGACUUGUGGUCUUAUUGAAGGCUCUUUUGAAACUUAUAUGUGAUGUAGCAAGGGAUCCAAACCUUACACCUGAGCCUGUUAAGAGCGCCUUGUUAGAGGAGGCCACAGACUGCCUGAUUCUCCUGGACCACUGUUCUCAAGGACAAGUGAAGAGUCUUCUGGCCAAAAUUCUCCAAAGCUGUGAAGACAGCAAGGUGGCAAACUAUAUCAGGAAAGUGCAGCAGGUUUCUGAAGGCACUCCCUGUGAUGGAACUUAAGAUUUGUGUUACUUUCCUGAAGAGAAAAGGAUUUUUUUGGUAUAAAUGGAAUUAUUUAAGAAAAAAGGUAUUUUUAUACCGAACAUUUUAAUUUAAAUUGUUUUCCUUCUUUUUUCUUUUUUCCUUUUGUUCUCAUAGAAGUAUUGAAAGGAGAACAGA